UUGCCUCAAAAUAAGAGGAAAAACAAAAGGUGAUAACAACACACACCCAUAACUUUGAUCAAACCCUCAUGGUAUUCUCUCCUCUUGCACAGUAAAAUCUCUUUCCUUUCCUUUCAACUUUCCUCUCUCCCUCUCCCUCUCUCUGGUGCCAUGUGCUCUCGUUUCCUAGAUUCCCAUACCAAAUGCAGAGCACCAAUCAUCAGCUACCUCUUCGUAUCACUCAUCUCCUCCCUCUUCUCCACCUCCUCCGCCGCCUGCUUCAAUGGAAAUUGCCAGGUUCUCGAAGCAUGUUCAGCUGCUGCAGAUUGCAGACCUGGUCUCUAUUGCGGUAAUUGCCCUGCUCUGGGUAGGAAACAGCCUGUCUGCACCAGAGGCCAAGCCACCAUUGUUACAUCCAUAGUGAAUGAUUUGCCCUUCAACAAGUACUCAUGGAUCAUGACCCAUAAUUCAUUCAGCAUCGUCGAUGCACCCUCGUUUACUGGUGCUCAGAGACUCACCUUCUACAAUCAAGAAGAUACUGUUACUAACCAGUUAAGGAAUGGAGUGAGGGGAUUGAUGUUGGAUAUGUACGACUUCGAGAAUGAUAUUUGGCUUUGUCAUUCACUUCAAGGGCAAUGCUUCAACUUCACUGCCUUUCAACCUGCGAUUAAUACUUUGAAAGAAGUAGAAGCAUUCUUGGCUGAAAAUCCAACAGAGAUUGUCACCAUUGUAAUUGAAGACUACGUGCGUACGCCAAAAGGGUUGAUUAAUCUGUUCACAAAUGCUGGACUGGAUAAAUAUUGGUUUCCUGUGUCUAAUAUGCCAAGAGACGGUGAAGAUUGGCCUACUGUGAUAGAGAUGGUUCAAGCAAAUCGCCGACUUCUUGUUUUCACUUCUGAUGCUUCAAAGGAAGCUGAAGAAGGGAUAGCUUAUCAGUGGAGGUACAUGGUUGAAAAUGAGUUUGGAGAUCCUGGAGUUCAACGUGGUUCUUGCCCGAAUAGAAAAGAAUCAAAGCCACUAAAUUCUAGAAGUGCAUCACUUUUCUUGCAGAAUUACUUCCCAACAGAUCCAGUUGAAGCUGACUCGUGCAAAGAGCAUUCGGCUCCACUUGCAGAUAUGGUGAAUACAUGUUACAAGGCUGCAGGGAAUGUGCUGCCGAAUUUUAUAGCAGUUAAUUUUUACAUGAGGAGUGACGGUGGUGGUGUUUUUGAUAUCAUGGAUAAAAUGAAUGGCCAUACAUUGUGUGGGUGUAGUACAGUCACCGCUUGCCAGGAGGGAUCACCUUUUGGAUCUUGCAAUAACACUUCUGUACCAAAUACAAGUCCAUUGACCAACACCGCUGGAAGCUUUACUGGAUCUGUUCAGUUCUCUAGAUCAGCUUCACCAGUCCAUUCUCCAAAUUGGUUGCUUUUUUUCCUCGUGUUUUGCUUCCUGAUUAUUGCAGUUUUGUCACAAUUGUGAAGAGUAUUACUCAUAUAUGCAAGCUAAGUCUGUCAAUGGAAAACUCUAGUAUUCUCGUAUCUGCAUAUCAUAUGCGAGCUUCAAGAGGGGCUUCUAGCAUCAUAGCAUGUACACGGCAUUGUUGCCUCAAUCUGUAAAGUGUCUUGGAACUGUUUAUAGGUUUGAAAAAUAGAUAAAACGAGAUUUCAGAAUUCCCAAGGCUAUAAUCAAGGACCUGUGAAGUCAUUUGAGAUAGAUAGUAACAAGCAGAGACCAAGAAUGAAUCAAGAGCAGUUCAGGUUUUGUACCACUGCAUCAUUAGUGAACGACAGAACAGGGAUUUUGCAAUAUCAGGAUGGUAGGAAAGCUGUUGGUUAUUGUUAGUGUUCAUUAUGAUUGUAUCCUAACAAUUCUUAAUACCUUUCCACUUUUGUAUUGGCGUUGGAACUUGAAACAAUCUAGUAGUUGUCUCAUUUGUACCAUAUAACCA